GCUACAAUGAGCAGCUUCCUAGACUACUCGGUGAUGAGCGGUGAAGGUGGCUCGUGCUCUGUCAGGGCUUUCCACUCGGACCACGGGAUAACAACUUUCCAGUCCUGCGCGGUUACUGUCAACAACUGCGGGGCAGAUGACCGCUUCAUGGCGAACAGGGCUUCCCCUGACGGCAUUCCUCACCAGCCGGGGUCAUAUCAGUCUACUGCCAGCUCUCUGGGUCUCGCCUAUGGGGCCCACCCGGCCUGCAGCUCCAGCUAUGGACCCCAAAGUUUCUGUGCUACGUACAACCAUUACGCGCUCAACCAGGAAGUAGACUCCACAGCUGGAUUCCCUCAGUGCGGCCCACUGAUGUACUCGGGGAACAUUUCCUCCUCUAUGGUCUCUCAGCAUCGCCAGGGUUACAGUGCCGCCCCCCUGGGCCAGCUGCAGUAUGCCCACGCUGCCUACGGUGGCGGGCACGACCAAGCAACCCCUUUUCCUGGGUGCUCAAACCAGCUGUCACCUCUGCACGCAGCUCACCUGGAGGCUUGUUGCUCACCUCUGUCUGAGGGUGCAUCUUCUGCACAGACCUUCGACUGGAUGAAAGUCAAGAGGAAUCCACCCAAAACAGGCAGGUCAGGGGAGUACGGCUACGGGGGUCAGCCGAACACGGUCCGGACCAACUUCACCACUAAGCAACUAACGGAGUUGGAGAAGGAGUUCCACUUCAACAAGUACCUGACCCGGGCGCGGCGCGUUGAGAUUGCUGCUGCACUGCAGCUGAAUGAGACUCAGGUGAAAAUCUGGUUCCAGAACCGGAGGAUGAAGCAGAAGAAGCGGGAGAAGGAGGGGCUGCUGCCGGCCAAAGCUCCAGCCUCCGAGGCGGGAGAGAGCAUUCAAGAGAAACUGGACGAUGCAACAUCUGAGAAGUCGAUCUCAGCCCCUUCUACUCCUUCUCCCACAUCCUCUACGGUGUCUUCCACAGGGGCUGAUCCUUAUUCUUCCAAUUAAGAAUCAACUGCCUCUUUAUCUCCUCGGGCCACAGGCGGCCUGUAUAUACCAAAGCUCAUGCCCAGUGUAUCAAAACCAAAGUUCUGGUUGAUGGAUAACUUGUGUGAACGUUUAGAAAGGGUUAAUGCACUAUUUGGAACUUUGGACAAUAAUAUGGACCAAUUCUGGGUUAUAGAUUUGUUUUAUAUCGUGUAUUGUGUUCGGAAGAACAAGAUAAUUGCUGUCCAAACAAAUGUUGGUCUUGGUUUAAAAUGUGUCAACUUUCCUUUGUAAUUUGACGUUAAAUAAGCGUUACGAUAGGACCACGAUGGUGCAAAAGAUAUCCAGUACUUUCCUUAUUCCUGCCCCUCACCAGGGCUGCUGAAUGUGCCAAUGUAUCGUCACAAAGACGCACACACACACACACACACACACACACACACACACACCCAC